AUGAGUUCUCCCCUCGCCGCGGAGUUGUCUAGGGUGGCGGCGCCGCGCCCGGGCUCCUGGAUCUCAGCGCCGCACGCGUUCGCGGCUCCCGGAGCUGCCGCCCACGCCCGCAGCUCGAGCCGAGCCAGCCGCACCGGGGAGCCGAGACUCGGGAGGAGCUCCUGUCCCGGCCGCAGUCCGGGGCACAGGAGCGUUGUCCCCCGCGGAGGCGCACGGCCACGUCUCUGUCUGGCGUCUCAUCAGCAAACCCGGAUCCAAGCUUACCUGGAGAAGAACAAAAUCGGCCCCCUGUUUGAGGAAUUGAUGACCAAGUUAAUAACUGAGACACCCGACCAGCCAAUCCCAUUUCUCAUUGACCAUCUCCAGUCUAAACAAGGAAACAAGGGACAACUGCAAAGAACAUUGUCUGGAUCUGCAGCUCUGUGGGCAGAAAGUGAAACAAUAGAACUUAAAGGAACAAGAAGGGAUUUUAGAAGCUAUGAUAAACCUUGGCAAUUAAAUGCAAAGAAGCCUAAAAAAUCAAAAAGUGACCUGGCUGUAUCUAAUGUUUCUCCAUCAUCACUGGACUCCAAAUCAUUGCCAAGGUCAGUAGAGCGUCCUAAGUGGAACUGGCGGACUAAACCACAAAGCCGUGAUUUUGAUGAAUUGAACCACAUCCUGCAAGAGAGCAAGAAGCUGGGGAAAGCCCUUGAGAAUCUCUCUCGAAGUAUUGCCAUUUCAGACGAACUCGAUAAGGAAACAGAGGCUUUUAAUUCUUCUCUUCUGAGGCCCCGUGUGAUUGGAGAGUGGAUUGGUAGAGAAGAAAAUGAUGCAGAUCCACUAGCCGCUGAAAUGCUACAACCCCCAGUUCCAAGAAGUAAAAAUGACCAAUGGGAAAGUGAGGACAGUGGCUCUAGCCCUGCAGGAAGCUUAAAGAUGGAGCCUAAGACUAAAGGAUUAAAACAGCAGCAACAGCAACAUAAGAAACUUCUAGCAGCAAUGCUCUCUCAAGAUUCUUUUGAGUCCAUCCACAGCCCUACCCCAUCUGUAACAGAAGAAGAUAUUGAUAAUGAAGAUGAUGCAAUGGAAUUGCUGGGUAAUUUUAAAAAUUAA